AUGCAGCAGCAACAACAACAGCGCCGAAUGUUUACAGCCACCCUCUUGGCAUCUAUUUUCAUUCUGGCAGCCAUGGGCACUACUGAGGCUGGCAAAAAAGAAAAACCAGAGAAGAAAGUGAAGAAGUCUGACUGUGGGGAGUGGCAGUGGAGCGUGUGUGUACCCACCAGUGGAGACUGUGGCCUAGGGACCCGCGAGGGCACUCGCACUGGAGCCGAGUGCAAGCAAACUAUGAAGACCCAAAGGUGUAAGAUCCCCUGCAACUGGAAGAAGCAGUUUGGAGCGGAGUGUAAAUACCAGUUCCAGGCCUGGGGAGAAUGCGAUCUGAAUACCGCCUUGAAGACUCGAACUGGGAACCUGAAGAGAGCCCUUCACAAUGCUGACUGCCAGAAAAUUGUCACCAUCACAAAGCCCUGUGGGAAGCUUACCAAACCUAAACAUCAAGAACCCAAGAAGAAGAAAAAGGAAGGCAAGAAGCAGGAGAAGAUGCUGGAUUAAUAGAAGCCUUGCUGGGCAGCAGGAGAAAGGGACAUCAGCAAACGUGAUCAGUUAACAGUUUCAUUUACAUCUAGACGAUUUACCCUAAAAUUAUUUAUAGCUUAAUUGUACAAUAGGAGGAAACACACCCACACACACCCACACACACCUUUUUUAAAAUUUUACUCUAGUAUUUUUUAAUGUAUAACCCUAACAACAUUUUAGAGGCCUGCAAUAAAGAACUGUAAUUUCAUUCAGAAAAUUAUUUCUAUGGUAUAUUGAAAAAUGUAGAGUAUUUUAAGGUAUUUUUCCCCUCAAGUCUUACUUUAAGUGUUGAUCCGGACAAGUUACUCCAUGCAGGCAGAGCCUUGAGCCUGUGGAAGUCAGUGAGGCAGUGUGUGGGAGCAGGAGUCUGCCCGCGUGCAGUAGCGUGUAGGAUUCAGACCUUAGAUUUGAAACAAAGAGGACUUUUUUGGGAGGGUGGGGGCAGUCUUUUAAGAUUCUUGUCACAACUAGAGAACUGUGUGGAAACUGUCUGAGGUGGGUGGGAAGGUUUAGUAUUUGCUGGCAAAAAGUAAGAGUGGGGGUGGGACAGUAAGUAUUCAGUUCAAAUUACUACUGUUUAAAAUCUCAUUGUUUCUACCACUGGCACUUUAUUGGCAGCAAGGAUGGUGAAAUCCUCUCUCUAGAAAGCUGGGGUUGGCAAAGUCCUCAAUUUUCAUAGUGUGACACUUGGCUGAAAAAGUGCUUGUCAUAGUGAAACAACACCAAAACUCACCUUGAAUUUUUCAUGAAAACAAAAAGAAACGGAGAAAAAUGUUUCCCUCUCUUUACCUGAAAUCCUGAAAAAAUACCUUCAUCCCUCCCUUCCCCAGCAGGGGAAUAUCCUUUUCAUGCAGUCUUGUUGGGAGCAUUGGGUUUUUUCCUUAGCCAUCUCCCAGUGAUGUCAGUGCGAGCCUCCCUAUUGAUUUUAAUUGGAACUGGUUGAGAAAUAGUAUUUUCACCAGAAAAAAAUUGAAAUACAUGAUUUUUUUUUAAAAUGGUCAUGGAAUUUUUCAGAUUU